AUGGCUGUCCCCCCCAAAUUCGCGGGCCACAAGCUCGAAUUCGCCCCCUCGCCAUCGACCUCGUCCGCCCCCCAUUCCAAGCACACGUUCGAGCUCUACGUCGACUACUGCUGCCCCUUCUCGGCCAAGCUCUUCCGCACACUCAGCAACGACGUCAUCCCCGCCAUCCGCGACAACAAGUCCUGGGCCUCCAACCUGACCCUCAUCUUCCGCCAGCAAGUCCAGCCGUGGCACCCCUCGUCCACGCUGAUGCACGAAGCGGGGCUCGCGGUGCUGCGGCUCGCCCCCGGCAAGUUCUGGGCCUUUAGCAGCCAGCUGUUCGAGGAACAAAAGGACUUUUUCGACGCCAACGUCGUCGGCGAGACGCGAAACGCCACGUAUAAGCGGCUGGCGAAGAUUGCUGGCAAGGUCGGCGUCGACGAGGCCCAGGUCUACCGGCUGCUCGAGAUUUCCGACAAGCCCGCCGAAAAUGGCUCGCUGAACAGCGGGAACCAAGUCACGAACGACCUCAAGGUUGUUACCAAGAUGAACAGAUUGGUGGGGGUCCACGUCACCCCGACGGUGGUGUUUGACGGGGUCGUGCAGGAUACCAGCUCUGGGUGGACUUUGGACCAGUGGAAAGAGUGGCUGUCUAAGAAUGUAGUUUGA